UCAGGGCAUUUCUAGUGUCUGGUUUCCUGUGUUACCGCCCUUGGACUGAGACAGUGAAGACGGGUGUGGGAUUUUUUUUUGCUUUCCGACCAGGAAUAGGUCAAUAAAGGGUAAAACGCUUGCAGGAAUUUCACUAAGGCACUUAAACUGGACUGCAGUCUCUCUGACAGACGGUGUGAAUCAUGGCUCUUCCGUUUAAGAAAGAUCUGGAGAAGUAUAAGGAGAUUGAUGAGGAUGAGAUUCUGAACAAGCUGUCAGAGGAGGAGCUCAAGCAAUUGGAGAUUGCUCUAGAAGAGAUCGACCCUGAGAAUGCUUUGCUGCCAGCCGGCCUCAGGCAGAAGGACCAGACCACAAAAGCAGACACAGGUUCUUUUAACCGCGAAAAACUGCUGCAGUAUCUGGAGAAGGAGGCAAUGGACUAUAAAGACAGAGAAGAUUGCGUCCCCUUCUCCGGAGAGAAGAAAGGAAAGGAAUGGAUUCCAAAGCAGAAACCAAUCGAGAUCCAUCAGGAGCAAGCCACGACCCUUGACCCGGAAUUGGAAGAGGCACUUUCUAGCGCUACUGACACAGAACUGCAUGACCUGGCAGCUAUUCUUGGAGUGAACACACUAGUGAUGAGCUCGCAGAGUUAUGACGGCACCUGUACAGAUGGUUAUAACAAUGUUAUUAAAGGAGAAAAGGUGAAGCCAGUUUUCGAUGAGCCACCAAACCCUACAAACGUGGAGGAAACUCUGCAGCGGAUAAAGUCCAAUGAUUCCUCACUGACUGAAGUCAAUCUCAACAACAUAAAGAACAUUCCAAUCCCGACUCUAAAGGACUUUGCAAAAGCCAUGGAGAGAAACACUCAUGUGAAGAAGUUCAGUCUGGCUGCCACCAGGAGCAAUGACCCUGUUGCCGUGGCCUUCUCAGACAUGCUACGAGAGAAUAAGAUGCUAAAAAGUUUGAAUCUGGAGUCUAAUUUUAUCACUGGCGCAGGAGUUAAGGUUCUGGUAGAAGUUCUGCGGGACAAUGAUACGCUCACAGAGAUCAAGAUUGACAACCAGCGGCAGCAGCUCGGUACGUCAACAGAGAUGGAGAUCGCUAAGAUGCUGGAGCAGAAUACAAGCAUGGUAAAGUUUGGGUACCAAUUCACCCAGCAGGGUCCCAGAUCCCGUGCCGCUGCCGCUAUCACAAAAAACAACGACCUGGUGCGGCAGAAGCGAGUAGAGAAGGAUGUGUAGAGCAUAUUCUCUCUCUCUCUCUCUCUCUCUCUCUCUCUCUCAAGCUCAUCGGACUCUUGUGCCAAACCCUCUGAGGGAGCUGCUUCACCUGAAGAAGGGACACAACUGGAUACUUUGCCUCCCUAAUGUUAAUACUCAAUGAUCUUUUUAUGUAUUAUUAUUAUUGUUUAUUGUUGUUUGUUUUUAUAGCUGCAAUUCAUUUGUUCAUAUUUUGCAUGUGUAAAACCUUUUCUGCUCUUUUCUUUGAACAAGUUCUUUGAAACGAAACUAAACAGGUUGCAGCGGUUACAUACCAUGCACUCAAGCGCUAUAGUGAUCUCUUCAUGGAUGGGCUGGAUCAGAACCUGUCGCCCACAUUCACUCUGAACAAAUCUAGACUCAACUGGACUGGAUCUGCUGUGUUCCCCGCUUAAUGUGAGCUAAAUCUAGAUUUGUCGAGUCUGGGUUUGGAGCACAGGUUUGAACAGAGCUAAUGGCUAAUAAAUUGCGCAGAUCAUAACAGACACUCCUUAAUAAAAGUCAUCUAUACUCUCACCGUUAGCUUCACCGUGAGUCUGACAAGAUUGUGCAGCUGUAGUUCUAUCGGCAUGGGUUGUGUGUGGAUGUCUUUGGGCAGCUGGGUCGUCUCAAAAACUCUCAGCUUCCACACUGCAUCACAUGCUGAUUGAGACAAUUCGAAUUGUAAAAUUCACCUCUAUUCCCAAAACACAACAGCUGAUACUGUGUGUCUGAGGAAUUAAGAGUGCUAAUUUAAGAUCAGUGCCCCAUUUUCAUCAAAUGUCAUUGGAAAUGGAAAAACUUGUACUAGAUCAGCACUAAUGACAACCUUGGGUGUGUAAAUGAAUGUCAAAGGUUGACCAGUUUCACUUAGGACUUAAAAACUGUUGAGGUUUAUUUCCACCGAGCAAUGCACUAAGGGAUAUUUUCUUCUUUUUUUCAACACAGGAAGUGAGCAUUUAUGCAAUGUAGUCGUCAAUUAUAGAUUUAGAUGAGAGUUUCUUUCCUGUAGAUAAAUCUGAAAUGACAUUUCUAAUACCAUGCCAAAGACUAACACCUAAGUACUCUCAUUUUCAGGACUCUAGCUGAGAUCAGACAGGAAAUAGGGGUUUGGAUUUCAUUUUUUUGAGUUUAUUAAAGGAAUAGUUUACCCUAAAAACAAAUAGCAAAAUUUCUUGCCCUGAAGUUUUCCAAACAUGUAUGCUGGUAUUUUGUGUGUGUGUGUGUGUAGAACACAAAAGUUGAAUUUUAAAAGUAUUUUCACACAGUUUAUUGUAACCACAGCUGUCAAACACGUUAUGUGCUAUGAAGACAAUACGAUAGUUUUGUAUGCGGGUUAAAACGAAAUUUAAGUCAUUCAUUGAAGCAGUGAAAAAAAAAAAACAUUGGUUCACCAUCAACCAAUUGCCAGAUGGAUUGGAAAAGAUGUAACGCACAAGAUGUAGUCACUACAGAUUUUAUAUGGAAAAUAGCUGCAUGAAGUUUUUUCAAAAAAAUUUUUUUUGUCCCAUUUAAAAAAAUAACCAGAUAUGGGUUUGGAACAGCAUGAGGGUGAGUAAAUGACAAAACGUUCAAGUUGUGGUGGAUUAUUCCUUUAGUUUAUGUAGGAUCUCUCCAAUAUUUUUUAAGCACAUGGUCUGUGCUAAAGAGGAAAUUAGGGAACUAGUUGAAUGAGAGCGAGAGGGAUGAGAAAAGUUUCAUCUUAAAUGGCAACCAAUUCUGUGAGCAUUUAGCGGUCCUGGUGCAGCCAGAGCCCCGAACAUACAUGCACGUUUGCGAUCGCAUGCAUGUUUGCAUUGUAAAGCAAAGCUUUAUCUUUUCGUGAUCUAACAUGCUUUCUUAACACCAGUGUAAAAUACUGAAUUAACCUUUAUACUGCUUGCCAUUUUCUGUGAGUAGCCUACGAGGUUCAUUGAUUGUGGUAUAUAAUGUAGAGCACAUAAGCUUUGGCACGUUUUUGAGGAAGGUGGUGAAGCUACCAAAUGGACCUUCUGCACAAAAGUAUGGCAUCUCGGACUAAGCAGUCUGAGCAUGCCCGGUAUGGAUUAUAUAGCUGGAUUACACAGGGGAACAUGUUGUAUACCUGCUUUAAAUGCAAAAGCUAGGACCAACUUUUCUCGCCUUGACAUUGCGUUUCAUUGUUUUGUACUGUUCUGUUUUGUAAGAGCCUUGUGUAUCAAGUGAAUCUGAGUUUGUGUUUGUCUUUCUUUUUUUCUUUGUGAACAAAUGAUGAAUUGUAUGAAAUCUUUUUUCUUUCUUUUUUUUUUCAAGUUAUGGUUCAUGUUUCAUUCCAUCUUUGUUUGAUUAUGGGUUAAAGGUUCAUGCUUUGCGAAAAGCUUGUGCUUGUAAGAAAGAACUCUGCAGUCUUACCAUGAGUUCAUUUGAAAUAUCCAUCUCAAAUCCUCUUCAGAAGAUUCCACGCAUAUAUAGAUAUACAUAUAAAUAUCAUGUAUCUUAAACGCCUCCUAUAUUGCCGCAAUUUUGUAUGUUGAUACUACAUGUCUGGAUUCCAGAAGAGGAAAUCUUAUGUACUGUUAAUAACACACAACUGUAAAAUAUCAGACGUCCUCAAUAACAUGUAUGUUUUUACA